AACAAAGACCAGGUUGCUAGGAGCCCCCAGUCUUCUAACACCGCUUCUUCUUUCUGAAGCUCCCUCCAUAGACACCUCCACUCUAGCACUUUUCUAUAGCUAUGUCUAAGAGUCCAUUUGGACAAGGGAAGAAACCUCUAGAUACGUUUUUCUGGGUAAAUGAGGUAAGUGGAGAACUCACCUACCCACCACUGAAGGCAGAUGUACCUGAAGCUUCUCCAGCUUCUGUGGAGAAGCCCCAAGAGAGGCCCAGGUCUCAGCAUGGGAGCAUGCAGGGGGCUCCUCUCAAUGACCAGGGCCCAUCCAGCACACCUGCACAGAAGGUGGCCUUUCCACUGCCUCCUAAGGCUUCACUGAAAGACACUGGCUCCAGGCACUCCCUCCCAUCCCUACCAACCCGCGGCCUGGCUAAGGCUGGAGCAAGGAGCGCCCCACCAUUCUCAGCAGUUCCUGUUACCAUCUCACCACCAGGAGGUGCUCUGUCAACAUGUGGCCCCCUUGGACCAACCCCUCUACUUCCAUCCUCUUCCCUUCUUCCCAGCCCUUCUGCCCCCUGGGCCUUCACCUGCAAGCUGAAAAAUGUCCUUACUGGGAAUAACCGAUUUUCCUUUUGAAUUUAUGAGUAUUUGCGUGGCCACACCUUUCUGAGACACUCAUGGUCAGAACAGCCUGCCAUCAUGCUCACGUUGAGGAUGCUUCUGCCUCCCCUGGAAGCGCACAGGACUGCGCACAGGACUUCUUAGAAGAACACACCAAGUGCUUUCAAACCCCAUAUAAAUUUAACUUAGAUUUUGACACAUAAUGUUUUCUAGACAUUCUUUUACCUCUCAAGCCACCUUAGUAUUUUGCUCAUAAGUUUUUGGUGUUUAAUACUUUGGUUCUGAUGUUGGUAUCAGAGCAGUAUGUUUGGUCCCAGCCAGAGCCAGAAGGAUACCUCUUUGGUUGAGAUAGGAACAAGCCAGGAUGUGUAGGACCUGUCGGCCCUGUGUUUCUGGGUACAGCCCAGGGGGUGGAACUCAGGGCUACCCUGGGCCAUGAGUACAAAGUGGCUAGAGCCUUGCCAGGAGCUCUCCUUGAGGCAUUCUGAGGUGGACAGAGCCUUUGGGCGGGGCAGCCCUUCUAGCUCUGCCUCCCCUGGUGGAUAGGCUCUGGAUGAUGCUUUGGUGGGACAAUGGGCAGCUGCUUGACCCUCCAGGAAUGGAGUGACUGGUCCAGUUAUGCUGGGGUAUGAGACAGUGAGCAGGGGCUCAGAAUGAGGACCCCAGGAAGCCCCAGUUCUCAGGCCUGGGGAGCAAAAGCCUAUGGUCCAGCCUUGAUUCUGCAGUCGAUGUGUCCUGUGACCCAGUCAGAAUCCUGCCUCUCCUGGUCUUAGUAUCCCCCCUGUACAAUGUAGGGGUGAGCAAGCCUGUCUGCUAGGCCUUCUCAACUUCGCUGUCUAUCACUAUGUCAGCAGGAACCAGGGAUGGGUGAGGCCCUGGGAACACCAAAUGGCAGGAGGCCAGGCACUCACAGUGUCAAAAGGGCCACCAGGCCCAGCUGGGGCCAUGUGUUCUGGGCAAAUCUCCACGGGUUGCCACCACACUCAUACUUCUGACCAAUUGUGCAGCCUCCAGAAUCAGCAGGAGGGGCCCCUGCCUCCUGCAAUGCACCUCCAGGGCACUCUACUGAAAAAAUUUACUAUGGUGCUCAGUCUGAAGUAGAGAAGCUUAAAGGAAUUCCCUCUGGUUCUGCAGAGCAUGUAGGAAGUAUGGCUUCAUGCUGAGCAGCAGCAAGUAGGUCAGUGGCACAGAGCGCCUACAACACAGCUCUAACUUGGAACUCAGCAUCCCAAGGAGAAAAGAGAAGCAUGUGCACAGACAAGUUCACUGCAGACAAAUUAGAAAAGUGAGAGGCUGGAACCAAUUCAAAUACCCAGUAAAUAGGGCAGGCUAGGUGGAGCCUGGAAUCCCAGGAAACUCUAACUUUGGGAAGGCUAGUGGAUGUGAAAUAAUGCUCGAGUAGGAAGGAGAGUGUGCACCUUACCAGGGUCUCAGGUGGACUUGGCAUGUUGCUCACAGAUGGUGGGUUCCCUCUGCAACAUCAUUCAAGGGAAGAUUAAAAUAAAUGGGGCUUGCAAUGGUGACCCCCAGUCACCAGGACAAUGGAUUGAAUGGUGGCCUCAAAGGAUGUGUUCAUGUCCUAACCACUGCAAUCUUGUGAAUACGACCUUCUCUAACAAAUGUGGUUAAGUUAUGGGUCUUGAGAGGAGAGGCUUAACCUAAAUUAUCCAGUAGGCCCUACACCGAUUCACCUGCAUUCUUCGAGGAGAGACACGGGGUGAGUUUUGAGACCGACACACAGAGGCAGAGAUUGGAGUCAUGUGGCCACAAGCCAGAAACACUGGCAGCCCUAGAGCCCAGAAGAGGCCAAGAAAGGACUGUCUUCCCAGGCCUCUGGAAGGAGCAUGGUCUCGCUGACACCUUGAUUUUGGACUUCUGGUUUCAAGACUGUGAGGGAAUGCACUUGUUACCCGGUUUGUAAUUUGUGUCAGCCCCAAGAAGCAUAAACCAAAUGCAGGCUCUUGUCUGCUUGGUCCCUGCUGUGUUCCCACUGCCUGCAUACAGUAGGUGCUUCCUAAGUGUUUGCUCAAUGACUAGGAAAUGAAUAGGAAAAAGAUCAGGAAAUCAUUCAGCCAAGAUUUUGCUCCAAAGUUUAAACAUCCUGCUUUUUGGGGUGGGGGUGGAAGCGGGGUCUGGAGCCGGUGUCUAUAUAGAUCGUCCCUCCGGCGGAUUACACUGCCAGUUCUGCUGACCUGGAAGUCUCUGACUCAUGGGUGCUGACACUAGGUCUAGGCCAAUGCCUGUGGUAAUGACAGGGAAAAUGAAAAAUGGACAACCUCCAAAAGAUUCGGAGGGUGAAGUCUGAUGGCCUCCUCCAUGGUGGGCCAUACCCUGUGCUGAAUCGGUUUCCUUCACAUUAGCUGCUGUGAUGGACUUUGGGGCAGAUGUGUGCAAAUGCUGCACGAAUGAUGCCCAUAGGCACUUGUGGGGUGCCAGAGUGCACCCAGGCCUGACUGGAAUGGGGAGAACGAAGGCUGUGGAGCAAUCUGGUUGAGUGGCUGCCAGGCCUCCCUGCUCUUACAAGUCCCAUAGGUGCCAGGAAGGCCCUGCUGCCUGCUGACCCACCCACACCACAGUGGCAGGGCCUCACAUCCCUCACCACGUAAGGUCUCUGUGUCUGCUAUGCCCUCACACCUGCCAGGACAAGGACUGCUCCAGGGCACAUCUGAUCUUGACAUGGUCCACCUACACCCAGCGUGAAUCUGGUGAUGGGCCCUGCAGGGCUGGGGGUGCUGCUGCCGGCUCAGACCCCUCCCCUCAUACCCCUUGGGACACCUGGGUUCUAGUCCCACCUCUCCUGCCUCCAGGAGGCAGUGUGGCCUUGGCCAAGUCUCCCCUUAGUUUUCGGUGUGCAACAUUCCCCAUGUGCAACAUUUGUCACCUUAGGGGGAAAUAUUCCUAUAAUGCCCCAUAACAGGUAUGCAUUCAUGAGGGAAGGGUUUCGAGUGACCAGUAGACAUGUUGUAGUAGCAGGGGAGUGGGGUUAGAAGAGGGUCCCAUGACACCAACUCUGAUUUGUGUGGCCACGGGCUGUUUCACCUCCUCUUCCUUGUCUCAACUGCUCAGGAGUGAGGGGUGCCCGGGCUGGCAGCCAGGACCAUCCAAGGGAGGGGUCUGCAUUCCUGGGGCAGACUCACUUAGGGUGGGAAGAACUUCCAAGAACACGACCCAGUGUCUCCUUUUACGGAUGGGGAGACUGAGGCCAAGUGAGGCCUUGUCGAGGGUCACUCAGUGCCGGGAGCCACGAGGAGUCCUACUUAGGUGCCCUGGGGAUUGUGUCAAUUCCUACUCCUGGGACAGGCACUUGGGUGGCCCUGCCAGGUCAGGGAGCUCAUGGCUGGAGUUGUGGCCAGGUGGCAGAGAUCAGAGGCACUCUUGAAACAGGGAGGCGGUUUGCGGUCAGCCAGCUGCCAGGCCUCACCCAAUGCAUCAGUGGCUCCUGCACCCUGGGUCCGGGAGCUAGCCUCCUGGGAGUUUGGGUUCCCAGCUCUGGGGCCUGUGGCAGAAGGCUACCAGGACCAUGGCCUCCUGCAGAAGAGCCCAGAGUCUUGGAGCCAUGAGUCUCCGCAGGACUGAUGUGGUCUUUACUGGCUUGCUCCAGCGAAGCUCAGGCAGGUCCACAGGUGGGGUGGGGUGCUGAGGCUGGGUUAGUCCCAGGGUGCUGGGACAGAGGUCUGAGCUGCAGGGGUCCACUUCAGGGACCGCUGCCUGGGAUGCACACACAGUCUUAGAGGUUCCACAAGUGAGGUGACUUCUGACACAGCCCUGCCCCCUCCUGUUCACCUGUCCAGUUCCCAAUGCCCACCGCCUCUCAUUAGCUCAGGCACGCUGCCUGGACCUUAGGUCUUUUAAGAAAUAAAGGAGGAGGUAGGGCCUGCUGCUUCCUCGGGAGAGGUCGGCCUGGGUUUGGAGCCCAGGUCCCUCUGGAGACCAUUUCCCACCCAUGGCUUCAGUCGGAAGGGCCUGUCCCUGUCCCAGUUUUCAGUGGGGGGACGGAGGUUUCCCCCUUUGUCAUGGGGAGAGGCAGUCAUGGAGGCCAGCAAUUUCUUAUAACUUCCUACUAUGUUGCAAUAGUUGUAAAACUAUUAAUAACUGAAUGACAAUAAAAACAAUCUGUUUAAUGUACUAUUUAUUAUGUUAUUAUUAACAAUCAGUUCUGGGACAAAGUCCAAUUCAAAACAUAUCACUAAGGAUUCUGUUAUUAGUUGCCAUUAGAAAUGGCAUAAUCCAAACCAAUUUUUCAAUAAAUUUCCUUAUAUCUCUAAGGAAGGGAUUUUUACUCUCAUCAUCUGGCUCUGGAAAAUCUUUAAGGGCAACAUUCUUACAUUAGGAAAAAAAAAUCAGUAGAGUUGUUACUGAAGCUUCAAAGAGAUGAUAUGCACAAACCAGAAAAACUACAAAUCAGUAUUUCUAUUGAACACAUAUUUGAAUUUAUCAGUUUAAAUAAUAGUGUUUUGAUGAAUCUAAAAUGUGCCUCAAGAAUGGCUGUUAACAGCUCCUUUUCUUUCUGGCGCACGGUGGAAAAAAAUUCCUUUCCCUUUUCUUCAGCAGGAGGGGCUACAAACACGGCAUCCCACCUCGGGAUUCACCUGGUCCUCUUGAGAAACGAGCCGAAGAGGUUCUGGAUCUGGUGAAAUAAUAUUAUCCAAGGGAAGCGCCUGUGGAGAGGAGUCCUGUGUCUGCAGAGAGGGCCCCCUGUGGCCCCGGGGGCCGAGGUGGGCAUGGGGGUGCUCACAGGGGCCGGCAGGGGCAGGAGGACCCACUGAGGGGGUGCCAGAAAUCCUGAAUGGCCCGAGUCAUUCCUGCCCCUAUUUACUGGAUAGUUUGUCCACAAAGACAAAGGCGUCACCUCACUGAUUCAAAGACCUCUACUGUGUGUCAGUGUCAUGCUACCAACAGCUGUAAUAUUUUAAUGGGUCGGAAAACUUACAGAUUUAAACCUACAUUUUCUGUCACUAAGAUGUUUUAACAAACUAGUAUCGGACUGCUUGUGACAAUGUCAAUAGUAUUUAUACACCCAGUUGCUUUUUUUUUUUUCCUUCUACUCUUUCUUUAGGGAAAAGCCUGGUUAUCUAAGUUUUGCUGCUCUCCUACUUUGGUGCAACUGUCCCUUACUGGCUGCAAAACACAUGUUCAUAUGGACACAGAUGAAUUCUCCAGCUGCACGCUGAAUGAGUUCCACUGCUCCAGAGCUAUGCUGAAUGAGACCUGUUUCAAACAGUAGCCACAUUCACUCAUAUAAAAAUAUACAAUUUCCUUACCUCUGUACCUCUUUUACAAUUUCUUUACCUAUGUACCUCUUUUACAUACCGCUAAAAAUAGGUUCUUUCAUUUUGACAUCUUUUUACCCAAUCAUGCCAAUCAGAUAAGAAACACCAUAAGACUGGGAGAUAAAACCUUUUAAAACAA